AGUCUCAGCGGAAGGGAACCCUUUGCUGUGCGAGGGGAGGAAACAAAACAAAGCCGAAAAAACAACAAGAAGAAGAAGAAGAGGAGGAGGAGGAAGAAGAAGAAGAAGCAGCCUUCUCUAGUUUUCCGCGCACUUGUCUCGCAAAGUGAUUUAAGAAGAUGCAGAGCUGCGCCAAAUCGUGGGGGAUUUUCCUGGCCAAGUCGGUGAAUCCCGGCGCACCGUGCAGGCGUCUGAGUGACAAGAGCCGCGUGGUUCCCAAACUUCAGUGGAGGAUCCGGCGCAGCGGCGCAUCCUCGCCCGCCGCCGCCCGGGGUCUGAGGACCUCCGCGGCGGUCUCCUCCAGGCAGAUCGAGAGGAUCUUACCCAGGCACGAUGACUUCGCAGAGCGGCACAUCGGUCCAGGUGAGCGGGAGAAGAGAGACAUGCUGGAUGCUCUGGGAGUCGAGUCGCUGGAGCAGUUGAUCGAAGACACAGUUCCGUCCUCCAUCCGGAUGCAGCGCGGUAUGAAAAUGGAUGACCCGAUCUGUGAGAAUGAGAUUCUGGAAACUCUAAAGGAGAUUGCGUCAAAAAACAAAGUAUGGAGGUCCUACAUCGGCAUGGGCUACUACAACUGCUUGGUGCCGCCGCCCAUCCAACGCAACCUCCUGGAGAACUCCGGCUGGGUGACUCAAUACACCCCCUACCAGCCCGAGGUCUCUCAAGGUCGCCUGGAGUCGCUCCUUAAUUACCAGACCAUGAUCUGUGACCUCACUGGCAUGCCUAUGGCCAACGCCUCCCUGCUGGACGAGGGAACGGCUGCCGCCGAGGCCAUGCAGCUCUGCCACAGGCAGAACAAAAAACGAACCUUCUACGUCGACCCGCGCUGCCAUCCCCAGACAAUUGCCGUGGUGCGCACCAGAGCCAACUACAUCGGUGUGAAGACGGAGCUGAAGCUUCCUCAUGAGAUGGACUUCAGCGGGAAAGACGUGAGCGGCGUGCUCUUCCAGUACCCAGACACUGACGGCCGGGUGGAGGACUUCACGGCCCUGGUGGACCGAGCCCACAAGGGAGGGGCGCUGGCUUGCUGUGCCACAGACCUGUUGGCCCUCUGCGUGCUGCGCCCCCCCGGGGAGUUUGGCGUCGAUAUCGCACUGGGCAGCUCCCAGAGGUUUGGGGUCCCGCUCUGCUACGGGGGCCCCCACGCCGCCUUCUUCGCUGUAAAAGAGAACCUGAUCCGCAUGAUGCCCGGCAGAAUGGUUGGAGUCACAAGGGAUGCAGCCGGUAAGGAGGUUUAUCGGCUCGCUUUGCAGACCAGAGAGCAGCACAUUCGCAGGGACAAAGCUACCAGCAACAUCUGCACUGCGCAGGCACUGCUGGCCAACAUGGCUGCCAUGUUUGCACUAUAUCACGGCCCUCAGGGACUCAAACACAUCGCUGAGAGGACACACAAUGCUGCCCUCAUCCUUGCCGAAGGUCUAAAAAGAGCAGGACACCGUCUGCACAGUGACAUGUUCUUCGAUACUCUGAAGAUCAACUGCAGCGUGGCCGCCAAAGACAUCGUGGAAAGAGCCGAGCAGAGGCAGAUCAACCUGAGGGUUUACACCGAGGGAGUGUUGGGUGUCUCUCUGGAUGAGAUGGUGACCGAGAGGGACCUGGAUGACCUGCUCUGGGUCUUUGGUUGUGAAUCUUCAGCAGAGUUGAUCGCUGAGAAGAUGGGUGAGCGAGUAAAGGGGAUCAUGGGAAGUCCUUUCAAGAGGACGAGCAAGUACCUGACGCACCAGGUCUUCAACAGUCAUCACUCCGAGACCAACAUUGUGCGAUACAUGAAGCGCCUGGAGAACAAAGACAUUUCCCUGGUGCACAGCAUGAUACCGCUGGGCUCCUGCACCAUGAAGCUAAACAGCUCUUCAGAGCUCAUGCCAAUCACCUGGAGCGAGUUUGCCAACAUCCACCCCUUCGUGCCUCUGGAUCAGGCUGAUGGCUACCAGAUUCUCUUUAAACAGCUGGAGAAGGACCUCUGUGAGGUGACGGGCUAUGACCGUAUCUCCUUCCAGCCCAACAGUGGUGCUCAGGGAGAAUACGCCGGCCUGGCUGCCAUAAAGGCCUACCUCAACUCAAAGGGCGAGAGCGCAAGGACUGUUUGUCUGAUCCCCAAGUCGGCCCACGGCACCAACCCGGCCAGCGCGCAGAUGGCCGGCAUGAAGGUCCAGGUGGUGGAGGUGGACAAGGACGGCAACAUCGACCUGGCACACCUCACGGCGCUGGUGGAUAAACACAAAGCCAAUCUGGCAGCCAUGAUGGUCACAUACCCUUCCACCUUCGGUGUGUUUGAGGAGAAGAUCCGAGACGUAUGUGAGCUCAUUCACAAGAACGGAGGCCAGGUGUACCUGGAUGGCGCCAACAUGAACGCCCAGGUUGGUCUGUGUCGUCCUGGAGAUUACGGCUCUGACGUGUCUCAUCUCAACCUGCACAAAACCUUCUGUAUUCCUCAUGGGGGAGGAGGACCCGGCAUGGGGCCCAUCGGAGUGAAGGCCCACCUCGCCCCCUUCCUGCCGAGCCACCCUGUGGUUCCCAUGUACUCGGUCAACGCCAGCAGCUCGCUGGGCACCAUCAGCGCCGCCCCCUGGGGCUCCAGCGCCAUCCUGCCCAUCUCCUGGGCCUACAUCAAGAUGAUGGGAUCCAAAGGACUUGCGCACGCCACAGAGGUGGCCAUCCUCAAUGCCAACUACAUGGCCAAGAGGCUGGAAGGUCACUACAAGGUCCUCUACAGAGGCAGGAAAGGAUUUGUAGCCCACGAGUUCAUUCUGGAUGUGAGGCCCUUCAAAAAGACUGCGAAUAUUGAGGCUGUCGACGUGGCCAAGAGGCUGCAAGAUUAUGGUUUCCAUGCGCCCACCAUGUCGUGGCCGGUGGCCGGCACCCUCAUGAUCGAACCCACCGAGUCCGAGGACAAGGCCGAGAUGGACCGGUACUGCGACGCCCUGCUCGGUAUCCGACAGGAGAUCGCGGACAUCGAGGAGGGGAGGAUGGACUCCCGCGUCAACCCGCUCAAGAUGGCCCCUCACUCUCUGGCCUGCAUCGCGUCGUCCACCUGGGACCGGCCGUACUCCAGGGAGCUCGCCGCGUUCCCCUUGCCCUUCAUUCGGCCCGAGACCAAAUUCUGGCCGAGCAUCUCCAGGAUCGACGACAUCUACGGCGACCAGCACCUCGUGUGCACCUGCCCGCCGAUGGAGGCCUACGAGUCUCCGUACGAGGAGAAAAGGGCCUCCUCGUAAACAACUUGUGUGCCCCCCCCCCCCCCCCCGAGCUCUAACCUGCCACGGACUCUACUGGUUUGCUCAGUGAGAACAGGAGGGGUAAACGCUGAAUAAUUGGCCUGUUAUUAUUGCUGUCGUCGGAUGUUUGAUCUAAUUAGGUUAAAAAAAUGAAUCAAGACUCAACGGGGUGAAAAACAAGAUUCUUUUUUGCCUCUUGUUUUCUUCCAGCUCUGAUUUUAGACUUGCUGUACGUCCCCCUCUGUUAACAAUAAAGUUGUAGUUAGUUUCUCUCAGGCAGUUGACGUCAAUGUGUAAAAGGUCUGCGAGAGCUCUGAAGCACUCGACUAUUCCACGAGAUGACGCAUCUCAAGUGUCAAAGUCAGAGGCGGGCGAUGGGACUCGAACUGUUCAAAUGGACCAAAGGUGCAGUUUUUGAUUUUCUGGUUUGCAAAACAAGUGCACCCUUCUACACAUAGGCCUCUAUGUAAAAUGACUCAAAUACUGUUUUUUGUUUCUUUCCUGACCAUGUAUAAAAAUGCCCAUGGUGCCUCGAUCGUGUUGUGUAAAAUAGCUGCCUCGACAUUCCCUUCUUUAAAAUAGACUGACAAUAUAGUGGUUUUUAAUUGUAGGCUUUUGUUGAUAUUCAUUGUGUAAAAAAAAAAAAAGUCAACUUUACCUUUUCUAAACUGUUGUGAGAAAAAAAAAAUUGUAUUAAACAUUUGUCUUUCACGUACACGUUUGAUGCACUAAAGGAAAACUGCGA